UUCUUCUUCUUUCCCUUCUUGCAUUUCUCUUUCCUUCUUUGUACAUCAUGCCUACGGUCGGUAUUCAGACAAUAGAUGAAGAUCGGUUAGAUGAGGAUAAGACACUGAUGACGAAAACGACACAUCAUUCUGCUGGGGAAGAGUGUGGUAUAUGUUUUGCCCGACCCGAUUUCCCUUUGGUACCACCUCUCAAUUUCGCCAUGGUUGCCACAGGUGUCUAUAGAUCGGGUCAUCCCAACAAACAAAAUUUUUCAUUUUUAAGAAAAUUGGGCCUGAAAACGAUCAUGUAUUUUGCCAUGGAGGACUAUCCACCUGAAAUGAAACAUUUUGUUGAACAUGAAGCCAUUGAAGUAAUGCAUUUUCGUAUGGAAGGGAAUAAGGAACCUUUUGUGGAGGUCAAUAAGGAUGAUAUCUCUCUUGCUUUAGUCAAAUUAUUGGAUGAACGAAGUCAUCCAGUGUUGAUACAUUGUUUGAAAGGAAAACAUCGAAUUGGUUGUCUUGUGGGUUGUCUUCGAAAAAUCCAACGAUGGUCGAUGACAUGUAUCUUCGAUGAAUACAGAAAAUUUGCCGGUACAAAAGUUCUUGCUGAUCAAGAGUUCAUUGAAACCUUUGAUCAUGAAAGUGUACCAUACGAUCCUCUGCAUCAACCUGUUUGGCUAUAGAAUAGAAACAAUCCAUCUCAUUUGCAUCUUUAUCCUUUAUACCCAUAUUUAGAUAGUCUAACCUCAUCCACUUUGUCAUAGUAGUGAUAAUCAUAUUUGUAAUAUCAAUAAAAAAAAAUAAUGCUGAUUCGAAGACAGUUUUAUUAUUUUA